AUAAAUCAGUAGUUUCCUAUUGUUAGGAAUUAGUUUCCUCAAAUUUUUUGAGUUGAAUGAACUAUCCGGUUUUACAGUGCACAGUCUCCUUAUUCCCACAUUUUUUAAUUGAUGUGAGGCUCUGUAGAUUUGCUGGGAACUUUAUUUUCUCUCCAACCAUUCUCUAGUACAUUAACUGUUGUGUAAGGAAAACAUAAGACUUUGAAGUUUGUUCCAGAUUGCAACAAUAAGCUAUAUUUUAGUAGCAUAACUUAUUUCUGGUGGAAAAUGUAAAGAAUCGACUGCAUGAAUCUACACUCUGGGCUCCAAAGAAACCAGCCCUAACCCCAUUCUUCCUACUAUUCUCAGUAUUUUUAUUAUGACUGCUGCUGGUGGUUUUGGUUCCACAAAAGUUACAAAUAAUUCACUUUAAGACAUUUGUGAACAGCAAUUAAUCCGAUGUGGUUGCCAAGAUGAAACCUUUUAUUGAUGUCUUUGAAUGACAUUUAUAAUUUUUAUCUGGGCUGUUUAUGUUGCUAUCUAGCCUUUUUUUUAUAUUCUUCGUUUUGUCCACAUGGAUGACUUAUAGUGCAUUCUACAGCUUUUGAAACCAAUGAAUAGAUGAAUUUUUUAAAUAGAGUAAUAUAGAUUUUCUCAGGAUAGUAUGUGUAAUAGUGUUAAACAGUGGCCUGCAGUCUGGGAUAAUGAAGUCUCUUCCUCAUGAUGUGUGUGGUGAUGCGUGCUCUUCCGUCUCUUCUCCGCAGAGCUCUUUGGAGAGCUCUUUUGAAGCUGUGAUUCAACAUGAGCAGUUUGGUCAGUCUAGCACAGAUCCUAGCCACACUUCUCCUCCACAUUCCACUGACAGAGGUGUCAGACACUCUAAGCAUGACCCAUUCCAAAGUGUGUGUCGCCCGCUGGAGAGGUUGGUAGAAGUGGAGCAGGAGUAUCCAGGGAUUGUGGAGCACAUCUUAAGUCCUCGCUGUGUGCCUCUUCAUCGCUGCGCUGGCUGUUGUAAUGAUGAAGAAUUACAGUGCACCCCUACCCUUACACGCAAUGUCACAAUACAGCUGGUGAAAAUAUGCCCAGUGGCGUGGACCAAGCAGUAUGUAGAGCUUUCAUUUUUAGAGCACCACUCCUGUGAGUGCAGACCCAAACAGAAUCACAAAAGAUGCCAGAGGCAGAGGCUAAGUAGGCCAUACAGGGGAAGAAAAGGGAAAAAACGGAAAAAAGAGAACAGAAAACAGUAGCAGUAACUGCUUUGCCAUGGUCAGAGUUAUGCAGGAUCCAGAACCUAUGCUGGAACCACUGGGACGGGAAAACACACUGGAUGGGACGCCAGUCAAUUGCAGGACACCUUUUACCAUUUCCAGUCCACCUCCUGCCAUGUGAAUUUGAGAUGGGAGAACUCUUUUUAAAGAAACCAAUUAAGGCUUGGAUCCUGCUAAAAUAAAUGUGCUCAUAUGUUUUAUAUUUCAUGAACACAAAACAUAUAUAGAUCAUCAGAACAUAAAACAAUGUUUUAGAAUAGCUAAUAAAUGCUCUCUAAUCCUGGUGUUUUCUCAACAAUGUAUUGAUAAAUAAAUAUUUGAUAUCUAUUGUAUACAUGUCCACUGGCUGAUGCUUUUCAUCCAGCUGUUUGUCUGUUGUAGGUGUCAAUCAUUUCAGCUAAGAAAAACACAUCCAUUUACUUUUAUUUUAUCUAUAAACACAAAGAUAUGAACCUUUUAUGCAUCUGUGAUGAAAGCUAUGAUGAGUUCUCUCAAGGGAAGAUCUUGCAGUCCACCGACAAUAAGAUAUCCUGUGGGAAGCACAGAAUGAUAGAGUUGAAGCUCUGUAAUCCCCCUCUGUUGUUACUUGCUUAAUCCCUCUGCUGUGGUGAGUGCGGUCAUGGAAAUGACAAGGAGAAGUGACUUUGUGACAAGAUGUGUGACCACUGAGAUGACUGAAUACUAUUAUGAUAAUCAGUACCUUAUUUGCCUCGUUCAUCUCCACAAGCAUGUCUUGGUUUUCAGUAUGUGCCUGUAUGUCCUGCUAUAUAUAUCCUUGUACACAGAGAAAACAUGACUAAAGCUAGCUAUAUUCAAUUUAUGUAAUAAAUAUUAAAUAAAUCUAAGUUGUACCUGAUUCUGAUGGCACAAAUGUGUUCUUGUAAAAGAUUAAUAAAAUAAUGGAGGUUUUUAGCAUGUUCAGCCUACCCUAUGUCCAUUUCCUAUCAAAGGUUAAAUUACGAUCAUACUUUUUUACUGUUAUGAAAUGAUAUGAGCUAUUAAAUAUCUUUUUUUUUUUUUACUCUUUUGAACAAUGUCAUGUGCUGAUGAUGGAUUUUUCUUUACGAAAUAUUUAGCUAGGCUGGGACAGGUUGAGCAUAGAUAGAAAAAGUACUGUAGAUGCCUCAUUGGACUGAGCUGGAGUUGACAGGAGUAGAGUUGACAACCCAUGUCCUAGUCCAUGGGGCCCCAUUCGUUUUUGAAGUGAGUGUGUUUGAACCGAGAUCUGCUGAUGGUGGUGCAAAAGGUGUUGGAGAGGCAAAUGUUAGUUUGUCCAAAUCAGUGCCGGUCAGAACUGAUUCCAUACAGAGGGACAUAAGCAUUCAAAUGCAAUAAAUUAAAUGCAAACUGACUACAGUAUAUACCAUUUUCCAGAAAAUCCAAAAUGAAGGUGUCUAUGAAUUUUAAUUUCCUGCCAUAUAGGUAUCCAUAACAACCAAAACCAUGUAUGAAAAUCCCAAUUUUGAUUUCAUAAGUUCUUUAAUAAUGUUUACAUUAGUAACCAAAAUGGCUCGAUUAUGCUAUAGAUCCUGAAGAUUAAAUUUGAGUCCCUUUCCCCUUACGCAUUAUACAAGAUUACACCACAAACAUACAAAGUUAGCCAUUUGUUUUCAUGAGUAAUAAAAAGACAGCUUAUAGAUUAUGAA